UUGUUAAGUAGCUAAUAGUUUAAAAUAAAGUUGUAAUCAUUCCAGAAAGCUUUAUAUAAAGUCAUACUCUGAAAAAGAUUGGGAAAGUAGCAAACCAGGGGAAGCGAAAAAAAAACACAGAGGAAAUGGAGAAAAUACAGCACAAAAAUGUAUCAGUUAAUGGCAUAAAAAUGCAUGUAGCAGAAAUUGGUGAAGGUCCAGCAGUUUUAUUCCUACAUGGUUUCCCUGAACUAUGGUAUUCAUGGAGGCACCAAAUGUUAUACCUUUCUAACAAAGGUUACAGAGCCAUUGCUCCUGAUCUUCGUGGCUAUGGUGACACUGAUUGUCCAACAGAUAUCAGUAGUUACACUGCUUUCCAUAUUGUUGGUGACUUAGUUGCUCUUUUGGAUGUUCUUGGUUUAGAGCAAGUGUUCUUAGUUGGACAUGAUUGGGGUGCUAUAAUUGCUUGGUAUUUCUGCUUGUUUCGUCCUGAUCGUAUCAAGGCUUUGGUUAAUCUGAGUGUUGCGUUCAAUCGUAGAAACCCUUUAAGGAAACCAGUGGAUAGCUUGAGAGAGUUGUUUGGUGAUGACUAUUAUAUGUGUAGAUUUCAGGAACCUGGGAAAGUGGAAGAGGAAUUUGCUUCUGCUGAUACUGCAAAACUCAUUAAAGGAUUUCUUUCUUCACGUAGUUUACGCCCACCUUGCGUUCCCAAAGAGAUAGGCUUUCAGGUCAUUGCGCAGUCACCAGAGACAUUACCCUCAUGGAUAACAGAGGAAGAUGUGCAUUAUUAUGCUGAGAAAUUAAAAAAAACAGGCUUCACUGGAGGAUUGAACUACUACCGGAAUCUGGACAGAAAUUGGGAGCUUACAGCACCAUUUAGUGGAUGCAAAAUUCAAGUUCCAACAAAGUUUGUGGUGGGUGACCUGGACCUGACGUACCACGUUCCUGGAACCAAGGAGUAUAUUCACAAUGGUGGUUUCAAGAAAGACGUUCCUAAUUUGGAGGAGGUUGUUGUAAUGGAGGGAGUAGCUCACUUCAUCAACCAAGAAAGGGCUGAUGAAAUAAGUGCCCACAUUUAUGAUUUUAUUCAGAGGUUUUAAUCAACCGAGGCCCUCUUUGUCUUCCAGGUUUCUGCAACUUCACCACUUGGAAUAAGCACAGUAUACACUGUUGUAAUGCUACCACUUGAAUGUAUCUACGAUUGAUACUGCAUUUUACCUUUCUAUAAAUUACUGGAGGGCUUAGGCAUAAUUUGAGGUGAACUUGUUGUCAUUGAAGUUUGUGACAAAAUAAGAUCCAAUCAGAUUUAUGUGCCUGAAAUUGAAAAUUUGAUUUAUGGAAAGAUGAUAUUUGCCACUUAAA